UACCGCGCGUGGCCAAAGCGGCGCUCUGCAACCCACCAGCCACUCCGGCCAGCCAUCUGAGCGCCUCGACGCAGCAACCUGUCUACGGCCCGGUCAGCUGAACUGUCCGCGAAAGUCGCGCCGAGGCCCACCUUUAUCUAGCCACAGUUGCCCCUGCGAGAAGCCUAUGGAUCGCGCCUCGUAGUAGACCACACAUUCCUCAAGGUGUCAGUUCCGAGAAUCGUAUAGCCGGAGUCAUACAGCCUCGGCUGGUCACGGGAAGUCAGCAACCUGACCACCAGGUGACCCAGUCUCCUUCGUCAUCUGCCUGCGACGUCGGGCGGUCUUGUGAGAAGCUGCCAUACAGAGUCCUCAGCGUCAUGUCGUACGCCGAUCACUACAAUCGAAGCUCCGCAAGUGGCUCCUUGCAGCAUUCCAGGCUUGCUGGCUACAGCUCUAGCGCUCCAUACUCGGCUUGGGGCGACUCUACCAGGCCUAAAGGAGGGCAUUCGACAGCACUGGACGACCGGCGGUACACGAACAACGCCAGAGCCGCUAAUGGGUACCAACGCAGCGCUGGCCCAAAUGCAGCCGCCGGUUCGGCGUCAGCGUCUGGACACUCGUACCAUCUUCCGACCAGCGGAAACUACGGUAAUCACAGCUUUCCCUCGCCUGCCACAUCUGCCACGUCAAGCGGCAGCAGCCUUCGCACCCCGCCUGAUCUGCUGCUGAAUGGCGCUGCGCUGGCUACUUCGUGGAAAUCGGUCGACAAGCAAAAGCUGCACAACAACCUUACUGUGACGGACAUCGAGAAGCGCUUGAAGCUGAUGGCGAAUUUACCAACGGAGCCGAUCUCAGGAGAGCUGCCCACGCCGCCAUCAUCGCCGCGUCUUCAGGCUCGUGACAAGACACAGGACAAGGCGAGAGCUAGCGGUCGGGCUUCCGCUGGCACGAAGGAGGCGGCUGCUACCGAGAGCGGCACAACCAAGAAGCGGAAGGUCAGCACGCGAGCAGAUGAUGUUGGAGCGCAGACCAAGGAGAGGAGGCUCUCAGAUUCUUCAGAUGAGACUUUUUCGCGAUCAAAACGAGAUGAUCAAAAUCAGAGCAGGGACAAGAAGGCGGUCGCACCACGGUCACUUCAUCGCAGCCUCGAAAUCAUUCUUCCGCUCGAUCGUCGAUGGGACAAGGACCUCUUCGUAUCGACUGCUGCGUCCUUUCGCGCGCGUGGCAGAUCAUUGAAGCAUCAGGGAGACCAAAGACUACGGGAAGAGUCUACGAUGCGCAUCGGGAGCAGCCCUUCGAGCGCCGCUUGCAUCGCGACAUUUGAGCAGAUGGACGCCGUCUUGCUGUACGUAUACAGCUUUUGGUGCGAGGACGAAGCAGCGACUAUCGACACUGGCACCCCAGGCGUUAUCAUCGCCGCGAAUUGGAACACGAUCUUUGGUCUUCUGAAGUACGUUUGCGAUUGCCAGGAACGCAACGGGUUUCCCGCCCUUGCAGGACUUUGCCGUCUCAUUGAGGCGCUAGUUCUGCGGAAGGUCAGCGACAACGAGAAUCGUUUGCUUCAGCGUCGCCUCGCCAAGCUGGUGGCAUCGUCUGCUGCAAUAGCAAAUACUGGCUCAACCUAUGUCGCGGCAGGACAAAGUCCAUCCACCCCAUUCGGAGACACAGCAGCGCCAUCACCGGCCUCUCAUCAUUCCGCAGAAGUCCCACCGGGGGAUUUGUCGUCCGCAAUUGCCGAUAUCUCUAGUAUUAUGCGCAAGACGGUCGGCGAGUCGGAACGGAGUGCCAGGCUCUUCGCCCAAGCUAGAAAUGCGCUGUCACCGUCCACCUUGCAGGAUUCCUUCCCAGACGUCUGGCAAGCUUGCCUGGCUUCCUCGACCGUCAUCGAGCCCGUAAGAGACGCCCUGCGCUUGAAUCCGGAAGGAUUUGGCUCAUCGAGUUGCGUCACGGACGAUGCUCCUAGUGCUCGAUGGGCGUGGCCACUGGACCACGUCACCCCUCUCCCACAUUACGUCAACUUCGGUCGCGCCCUACUCCGUGAAGCGGCAGCCCGGAAGAAUCUCAAAUUCCAGCUAGCUGCGAUCACUUCCCAUCGAUCUUGAUGCCUUGCAUGCUGCACAACGACACGCUUGAUGUGUCUUAGGCACACUGCAAUCUGAGGACAGCACAAUCAGC